UUGCAGGCGUCCACAUCUUCAAGCGGUUACCCACUGACCACCAUCAACCACUCGGCUUCGUCACACACAAAACAGCAGCAGCAGCAGCAACAACAAUGCCAGCCACAACAGCUUUUGUUUAAAAUUUUAAUCAUCGGUGAUGUUGGUACUGGGAAAUCAUCAAUCGUGCAUCGCUAUGCGCACAAUUUGUUCUCACAGCAUUACAAAGCAACGGUAUGUCAUCGUUCACAAUUUUCUGUACUGGAGUACCACAAGAUGGUGCGCAUUAGACUUUGGCAUCUUUUUGCUGCCCUCCUCUAA